GGCGGCGCAGCCCGGGCCGCAGGAUCCCACCCAGGGGCUGCAGAGGGCACUGCUCUGGAGCUGACGCACCACUGAAAAUCAUCAGGGUGACCUUGAGCCGCAAAACUGCUGUCCGCGUGGACCGGGGCCGACAUCGCACGUCCAUCUGCCAGGACCUCUGUGUCCAAACUCCGAGACAUGGCGACCAAUGGCAGCAAGGUGGCCGACGGGCAGAUCUCCACGGAGGUCAGCGAGGCCCCUGUGGCCAAUGACAAGCCCAAAACUCUGGUGGUCAAGGUGCAGAAGAAGGCAGCGGACCUUCCAGACCGGGACACGUGGAAGGGCCGCUUCGACUUCCUCAUGUCCUGUGUGGGCUAUGCCAUCGGCCUGGGCAACGUCUGGAGAUUCCCCUAUCUCUGCGGCAAAAACGGAGGUGGGGCCUUCCUGAUCCCCUACUUCCUGACUCUUAUCUUUGCGGGGGUCCCUCUCUUCCUGCUGGAGUGCUCCCUGGGCCAGUACACAUCCAUCGGGGGCCUGGGGGUGUGGAAGCUGGCCCCCAUGUUCAAGGGUGUGGGCCUUGCCGCCGCUGUGUUGUCAUUCUGGCUGAACAUCUACUACAUCGUGAUCAUCUCCUGGGCCAUCUACUACCUGUACAAUUCCUUCACCACAACACUGCCGUGGAAACAGUGUGACAACCCCUGGAACACAGACCGUUGCUUCUCCAACUACAGCGUCGUCAACACCACCAACAUGACCAGCGCCGUGGUAGAGUUCUGGGAGCGGAAUAUGCAUCAGAUGACAGACGGGCUAGAUAAGCCAGGUCAGAUCCGCUGGCCUCUGGCCAUCACCCUGGCCAUCGCCUGGAUCCUUGUGUAUUUCUGUAUCUGGAAGGGUGUUGGCUGGACUGGAAAGGUGGUUUACUUCUCCGCCACCUAUCCAUACAUCAUGCUGAUCAUCCUGUUCUUCCGUGGAGUUACGCUGCCCGGGGCCAAGGAGGGCAUCCUCUUCUACAUCACGCCCAACUUCCGCAAGCUGUCCGACUCUGAGGUGUGGCUGGAUGCGGCAACCCAGAUCUUCUUCUCCUAUGGACUGGGCCUGGGAUCCCUGAUCGCUCUCGGGAGCUAUAACUCGUUCCACAACAAUGUCUACAGGGACUCCAUCAUUGUCUGCUGUAUCAAUUCGUGCACCAGCAUGUUCGCAGGAUUUGUCAUCUUUUCCAUCGUGGGCUUCAUGGCCCAUGUCACCAAGAGGUCCAUUGCUGACGUGGCGGCCUCAGGCCCUGGCUUGGCAUUCCUGGCAUACCCGGAGGCAGUGACCCAGCUGCCCAUCUCUCCCCUCUGGGCCGUCCUCUUCUUCUCAAUGCUGCUGAUGCUGGGCAUUGACAGCCAGUUCUGCACCGUGGAGGGCUUUAUCACGGCCCUGGUGGACGAGUAUCCCAGACUUCUCCGCAACCGCAGGGAGCUCUUCAUUGCUGCCGUCUGCAUCGUGUCCUACCUGAUGGGCCUCUCUAACAUCACCCAGGGAGGCAUUUAUGUCUUCAAACUGUUUGAUUACUACUCUGCCAGCGGUAUGAGCCUACUCUUCCUUGUGUUCUUCGAAUGUGUCUCCAUUUCCUGGUUUUAUGGUGUCAACCGAUUCUAUGACAACAUCCAAGAGAUGGUUGGCUCCAGGCCCUGCAUCUGGUGGAAACUCUGCUGGUCCUUCUUCACCCCAAUCAUUGUAGCGGGCGUGUUCAUUUUCAGCGCUGUGCAGAUGACUCCUCUCACCAUGGGGAACUACGUUUUCCCCAAGUGGGGCCAGGGCGUGGGCUGGCUCAUGGCUCUGUCUUCCAUGGUCCUCAUCCCUGGUUACAUGGCCUACAUGUUCCUCACCUUAAAGGGCUCUCUGAAGCAGCGCAUCCAGGUCAUGAUCCAGCCCAGCGAAGACAUCGUCCGCCCCGAGAACGGCCCGGAGCAGCCCCAGGCCAGCGGCUCAGCCAGCAAAGAGGCCUACAUCUAGGGGCGUCUGGCGGCUCCCCGACCCGACACUCUCACCCCCCGACCUGGCUGAACGUGACCACCGCUUGCUGUCUGAAGAUACCGUCUGUCUCAACCUACCUCGAGUGACGGCGAGUCCAGACAUCAUCACCAUGCAGAGAGAGGGGAGGUGGGGGACAGUCACACCCCCGGUGGGCCCCGCCAGGGGCAGAGAUACCCCACGGCUCCAGCACCUGUAGGCUGGUGACCUUUUUAAUCGGGCCCCAUAAGCAUCAAGCAAUCAGCCUUUGUGACUGUGUGGUAAAUCCUUUUCAUCCUGCCCAAGAGUGUGGUGUGGUGUGGCCACCCACCUCGAGGCUCUUAGUCAUGUUCCUGACUGUUCUCUUACUGCCGAAACCCACGACUCUUAUCUCGGACUUCGCAGGAGUUCGGUUCCGUCAGAACGCUGCUCUGUACACACGAAAAGGGCAUUUCGUAUAAUGGGGAUUUCCAGGGAGAGCUCACUCGUACGAAGCAGGGAGCCUGCGGAGCUCUUACUUUCAUUUUUUUGUCUAUCCUUCCCGAGGCAGCUGGACAAAACAACCCCCCCCCCAACCCGAGGACCUCCAUCCUUGUUCCCUGAGCUGCAUCUCCAGCAAUCUGUGGAGCGUCCUUCCCUGCCCCCUUCCCGCCAGGCCAUUCUGAUUGCACCUGGCCCAACAGCCAUCAUUCCAGACGGCCCAGCUCUCCCUCGCUCCCUCCUUGGAAAACUGCCACAAGCACAAUUGAUUGUUUUAUUGCCAUUCUGGGGGCCUGAGGUCCCUCUGGGGAAAUUCCCUAAUCAGGAGCCCCAGUUUCUCUGAGGCUGCCCCAUUUUACGGAACGCAGAUCAGGUGCGGAGGAAUCAAGGCGAAGGUUCGUCUGUCCUUGAGUCAAAAUGGAUGCGGUUCUCUUUCUGGCUCCCCUUUCUGCUGUGUCCUCACUGCCGCCCCUAGUCAAAAUGCUGCCUUCUUCAUUCAUAUUCCUCAGCGGGAAUCCCCUCACUGCCAGGAAAAGCUCCCCAGCCCACUAACUGAGGAGCUAGUGUUAACCCAGACCACCCCCAUCCGCCCCCCCCCCCCCCCCAAAGUGCUUCCAAGAUUAAACUACUUCGUCGAGAAGUACUAUUUGUUUCUUUCCGGAACUGGGCUCCGUGUUGGUGGUGGUGGUGCUGGUGCUGGUGGACAGCAAAUCUGGCAAAGACACUUUCUUGCAAGUUCCGGUGACUCAGCGUUUCUCAUUUGCCAGGAAGAUGGGUUCCCAUGUAGCAAACUGUAUGUUGUGCCCCGUAGCUCCUUAGCUAGUUAGCUCACAAAUCGUGUUUUACGACUAAUCCUUAAUAAUUAUGGUGAAUUAACUGUGACCGUGGGUUUUUUAAUCUCUUGUCAUUCUCAUCCGACAGUGACCAGCAUACCAAUUCUCGCAAUAAGGUAUGACCCUCAGAAUAUUAAGCACAUCCUUGUAGAGAAAACAAAAAGUACGUGUACACGUAGAAAGGCACACACCUAUACGUUCAUCCUCGCGCGUGGUA